CUUAACUCUCAGCUUAUUAGGUGAGGGAGAGUAGAGGAGGUGUCCUUGGUUGAAAGACACACACACAGAGACCAGCACACACACAGGCAGAUACCCAUCUGAGAGUGUUCAUCAGCUGGACUCAAGGCACGCUACACAACGAGGUCCGCUACUCGAAGACGCUGUCGACACACCCUCUCUGGUGUCUGUCGGCCGCGUCUCGAGCCUCGGCCGCUGGUAUCAAGCCGAGACUGAUUCGAGCAAUUCGGCGGUGAAGGCUCGAAUCAGUUGCGGCUCCACACCGACGGAAGAGACCCGAAAACGGCAGCUCAACAACCAGACCCAAGGAUAAAGAAAGCCCCCAUCCACUCAGUCGGCCCUCACCCAUCCAAUACACCAACGCCCGAAACCCGCUCGCCACACAUUCAAAAGCCACACCCACAACACGAUCGCCAUUCACCACACCACACACCCCCACGAUCAGCACAUGUCCAUGUAGCUGCGUGGCACGAAGGGCUGGUUGGCCUCCUCCUCUUCCUCCUCCUCACCGCCCGUCUCCUCCUUGCAGCCCUUGUCGUCUGCCUCGCCCUCCGACGACAGCAGCGGGCCCAGGACAGGGGGGCGGCCGCCGUGGGCCGCCUGACGAAGGAUGCGCUUCUUCUCGCCCUCAGACUCCACAUCCGCAUCAGCGCCGCUGUCCUCGGCACCUGACACACAUCAGAUAGAUGGAUGGACUAGUGUGUGAGUGAGAUACGUGUGCGUACCCCCGAUGGAAGCCACGCCCUCUCCGCCACUAGCCGCUCCUUCGGGCAUGUGCGCCUCCUCCUCCUCAGGGAUGCGCUGGAAUCGCAUUGGGGUGCCGCUGGCGGAUGCGGAGGCCAGCACACCGAAGCUCUGGCCGCCUCGCUGUGCCCAUGGGGUGGGACCCGAGCGGCUCUCCAGGACGAUCCGGCGACUGCUGCGGCCACUGGUGUCCACAUCGCCGUCGGCACUGAUGACACACAGACACACACAGGGAUAGAGAAAACGAGAUAAAGACGCUUGAAGGUUAUGUGUCUGUGGGUGCCGACGGACUGACCUUGCGGCUUGUGCGUCGUCAUGUGGCUGUCCUGUCGUGUCGACGGUAGCGUCCCUUCCCUCGAGGAUGGCCCUGUGGUCCUCGAAGCUCUCGUCUUCUUCCUCGUCCUCCUCCAAGUCAACCUCGACAUCCAUCGCAGACUUGCCCUCACCAUUCUCCAACUGAUACACGACACACACACACACACAGACACACACACACCUAUGUGCGUUCUCCCGUCCAUUCAAUGAGACGGAACGUACCAGUUUUCCCGAGCCAGGUCCCGGCACGAGCUCGAGCCGCUUUCGACGCUUUGGGCCCCGCUUACGCAGUGACAGGGCCCCCAUCUUGCCGUCGAGGUCGUGUGCGCCGCCCCGCCCCCUGCCGCCACGGAAGGGCACCAGCGUCAUGCCGCCCGCUGAGGUCUUCUCGCGGCGGUCGCGUUUGCGGCCCCGGGAGGACUCGGCCGACGCUGCCUGGGAGAAGGAACGACGGUGGUCGGCGCUCCGACGAUGAUGAUGCUGCUGAUGCUGCUGAUGAACACACACACACGCACACAAGGUCAAUCCCCUCCCUCACGCCAUGUGUUGGUGUGUGUGCGUGUGUGUGUGUUUGUUUGUGUGGUUCUGACCAUUUCAAAUUGGUAGUACUUCGAUCGUCUGCCGCUGUGUCCGGGCCGCUUCUUGUCGAGUGGCGUGGCGGGCCGCAUGUGGAGGAUCUGUGGCGGCAGGGUGGGAGCGACCUGCUUGAGCUCUGUGCGGCGCCACGGGGCGUCCUGCGGCACCUCGAUGGAGACGUUGUCGAUGGCGCGCUGGGGGGCGAUGUUGUCGCCGAACACGACGUUGCACGACGAGUCGUCGAGCCACUCGAUGAACUUGGGAUUGUACUCCAUGAACACAUCCAGGAUCUGACCAGACAAAAGGAGAAACGGUGAUGCGCCAUUCAUGUGUGUGUGGAUGUAGACAGGUGUGCAUAUAGCUGACCUGCUGCGUGUUGAGCAGGUCCACUCCGAAGACGUGUAUGGCCUCGGAUCGCACCCCCUCGCUCAUGUCGAACUCGCGCCGCGCCUCCGUCCGCUUGACGUGCAUCGCCCGGUCCACGUCGUCGCCCCUGACGCCGCCGAACCGCUCCGCCCGCCGGCGCAUCUUGUCCAGGCUGUCGAGGGCCGCCUCGCCCUCCUGGGAUUCGGGCUCGGGUGAGCUGCCGAAGCGCCGCAGCCUCUCGCGCUUCUUCUCCUCUUCCUCGGCGCUUUGUGGGUUGACAUCCGACAUGAACUCGACGUAGCCGCGGUUGCGGUACUUGUGCUCGUGAGGGACGCCGGACGGCGUGGCGGCGAUGUCGCGAGCCUUCCGCCGCUCGUCCUCUAUCUGCAUGCACCACACACGGAGGGAAACCACGACACACAAACACAUGGCCUCUGCCCUGCCUGUCAUGAUGCUCUGUUCUUCAGCUGAUGCGUACAAUAUCGUCGAGCGACGGGAGGUCUCUCCCUUGCGUGAAUGACAUGCCGAGAUGCCGUCUGACGCCGACGGGACUCCUUGCUGCGGCUGUAUGCCGGAGAUUACCGGAGAUGCUCACUCGGUCUUGCGGCAAGUUGCGGCAAGGCCGUCGAUUCCCGGAAUGACACAAACAGUUCAAGCACGUCGACAGCACAGGCAACGAAUAAUGCUUCAACACCUCGC